AUGAGUAUCAGAUUAGGAAAAAUUGCACGGUGGCGGUGGAAAAAACGUCAGGAUUGGCCGCAUCGAAGGAGACGCUUUUGCCGGAAGGUAGCCAAAAUUAGUAGCGGCGGAUGGCGGCAGCAGUCCAGUAGUUACUGGAGAAUUUUGGAAACAACUUACUCAUCCAUCGGAGCAUCUGAACAAAUUUUCGAAAUGAUGAAUCGUUUGCCCUGUGACCAAUUCUUAGUCCAAGGAAUUAAGUUGCAGAGGCUAAUGGGUCAUAUUCAGUUUGUUGAUGUAUCAUUUCAUUAUCCUGCAAGGAGUAUGAUGCCUGUUCUAGAACACUUAAACCUCUCUGUAAAAGCAAAUGAAGUCAUUGCCAUUGUUGGUCUGAGUGGCAGUGGAAAGAGCACGUUAAUAAACCUUUUACUUCGCCUCUAUGAGCCUUGUAGUGGUCAGGUAUAUAUUGAUGGUUUCCCUCUUAAGGAGUUGGAUAUUAGGUGGCUGAGGCAGAACAUUGGAUAUGUUGCGCAGGAGCCCCAUAUCUUUCACAUGGACAUAAAGUCGAACAUAGGGUAUGGUUGCCCUAGGAACAUAAAUCAAGAAGAUAUUAUAAACGCAGCAAAACUGGCUUAUGCCCAUGACUUUAUUUCCUCACUUCCUAAUAGCUACGACACCCUUGUUGAUGGCAAUGUACUUAGUGGUGGACAAAAACAGCGAAUUGCCAUUGCCAGGGCCAUUAUCAGGGACCCAGUUGUUAUGAUUCUAGACGAACCAACCAGUGCCUUGGAUUCUGAAAGUGAGCAUUACAUCAAGGAGGUGUUGUAUACAUUGAGAAAUGAAACUACAUCAAGAACCAUCAUUAUCAUAGCACAUAGGCUUUCUACCGUAAAAGCUGCUGACCGAAUCAUCGUUAUGGAUAAUGGUCGCAUUAUAGAGAUGGGUAACCAUGAAGAGCUUCUGGUUAAAGAUGGACUCUACGCCAAGUUAAAUAAAAUUCAAGCAGAUGUAUUUUAA